GCACAGCCAAAAGCAGUGAAAGAGUGAACCUUUAUCUUCACUUCAUCUAGUGCACGAAUCAGGUGAUGGCUCAGCAGGCAACGGCGAGGAGGCGUUACCUGCGGGCGUUCGUUAGCGGCUUCUUUGUCGCCGUUCCCGUCACAGUCACCGUCCUUGACCGCUUCGCCUACGUGGCGCGAGUGGAGGGAGCGUCGAUGCAGCCCUUUCUGAACCCAGAGGGCGGCUCUGAUUGCGACGUCGUCCUGCUGAACCGUUGGAGCGUGAGAAAUUUCGAGGUUCAACGAGGCGACAUCGUCUCCGUCAUGUCGCCCAAGAAUCCCCAGCAGAAGAUCAUCAAGCGGGUCAUUGGCCUGGAGGGAGAUUUCAUCAGGACUCUGGGCUACAAGAACCGCUUCGUACGAGUUCCUGAUGGUCACUUCUGGAUCGAGGGGGAUCACCAUGGACACAGUCUGGACAGUAACAGCUUCGGACCGGUGUCCGUGGGGCUGCUUCACGGUCGAGCCUCCCACAUCAUCUGGCCACCAAAUCGUUGGCAGCGAAUCAAACCGUCUCUACCUGCAAACCGGGGACCGCUGGACACUGAGGAAGAAGACGAAUGAAGACACACAAAUGCUUUUUUUGUAACUAUGUUACUAUUAAAUAAUGCGUCUGUUAGUGUUUAAAAAGACAGACUUUAACACAGCUGUAUUAAUACAUUCAAACCACAUAUUGUAACUGUAAUUUUUUAUAAAAUGUCAACUUCAGGAGAAAACAGCUUCUUUUUGAGUUAUUGAGUGAGUCAUGAGAAUGUUUUAUGAUUGUUACGUAAAAUAGACUCAGUAUUUAGUUUUUUGUGUUCAUUUUUGGUAAAAUCUAGUUGUUACCGGUGAUGAACAGUUCUCAACUGACUUUCACUUCACAACACUCUCCUCUAUCUUUACAAACCGAGACAGUUUUUCAUCUCAGAGACAUCUUUUUGGUUUCUGCAUCUCUAGUGAGCUCAUGUUGACCCUCAACAUCAGCCAGGCGCACCAUCUACACCACUGGUCAAAAGUUUUAGAACACACCAACUUUUCCAGAAUUUAAUUGAAAAUGAUGCAGUUUAAUGUCUCAGUGUACUCUGAAAUGAAUGCACAUUUGCAACAUUUAAAAUUCUUUAUUGAGCAUGAUGGUGUUUUGAAAGUAAAAAAAAAGAUUCAAAAUCACAUUUUAUGUUGGACUAAAGGACUAAAAAAAGACACAAAAUGACCCAAA